AUGGGGAAGACAUCACCUUAUGCUGUUUCAUUUCUCGUAAGGUUUAUCUAUGGGGUUAUGCAGAUACUCACCAAAGUUGCUUUUAACCAAGGUACAAGUACAUAUGUUCUUGUUUUCUACAGGCAUGUAAUAGCUACAAUGUUGUUACUGCCCAUUGCUUUUGCAACUGAAAGGAAAACCGCCCCACAACUGUCACACAAAGUCUGUCUGAAGCUAUUUGUGCAUGCAUUAUAUGGGGUAUCUGCUUCUCUAAACAUAUCAUUCGUUGGCCUCAAUUAUGCUUCAGCCACUUCUGCUACUGCAGUACAAAAUCUCCAACCAGUGUUAACUUUCUUUUUGGCUCUUCUAUUGGGAAUGGAGUCCUUGAAACUAAAGAGCUUUCAUGGGAUUGUGAAAGUUUCUGGUAUAGUGCUUUGUGCUGCUGGUGUUGCCGUACUAGCGCUAUACCAAGGACCUGAGCUCAAAUCCAUCAUCCACCACCCUCUUUUUCAUCACACAAGCCGAGUUGAUAUCCAUGCCUCAAGGAGCUGGAUAUUGGGAAUUCUCCUGCAGUCUCUUGCGACUCUACUGUUUGCUCUUUGGACAGUGUUUCAGGGCCCUUUGCUGGAGGAGUACCCUUCCAUGCUGCUUAACAUGACCCUUCAGAUUGUCUUUGCGACCGUUCAAUCUUUUUUCAUGGCUCUUGUGAUGGAGAGAGAUUUUUCAAGAUGGAAGCCGAGCCUGGAUGUAGGUCUUGUCGCGAUCAUCUAUUCUGGCGUGGUUGUUUCCGCAUUUUCAAAUUACCUGCUGAUCUGGGUAAUUGACAAGUGUGGCCCGGUUUUCCUGGCCAUGACGGUACCCCUAACUUUCGUCAUCACCAUCGUUCUGUCACUUCUCAUAGGAGAAGCAGUCACCCUUGGAAGUGUAAUAAGCGGCGCGCUGAUGGUUGGUGGCCUGUACAAUGUUCUCUGGGGGAAGAGGAUAGAGCAAGUAACUCUCAGCAAGCAAGGAGGCAUCGAAGCAAAUGCAGCAAGCUUUGAUUUGGAGGAACAAGAAAGCGGCGCACCAGUUCCAUUAACGCGAGAUUCGAUCAAGCAGUGCGAAAGAGAAGACUGACAUGUGGCAAGCUUUUUGAAGCUAUACAUUAAACAUGAAUGUGUGUCUGCAAUUAUUUUCAGAAUUUUUGAACAUGUUUUGUCUCCUAAUUUAGCUUAGUAUGGAGUAUCAAGCGGGUAUUAGCUUAAGUUUAUGUAUCUCUGUAGCUCUGCCUAUGUAUGCAUCAGGCCAGGGCGUAUGGGUGUGCAGCACAUGAGAUGGCACAGGGCCCCAAUUUCAUCUUUGCUAUUCUCAAUUUACUUCGGGAAUGAAAUGUAAAUUAUGC